AUGUCCUCCGCAGCCAGCAGAGUUCCGAGAAAUCCAGAGCAGCGCCCGGCGAGGCCUUGCGAGGGAGCUGGGCAACCUCAUACGGCGACGCCUCCACCCUCGUCCAUCACGAUGUCCAAAACGCCACCUCGCCUCGAUAGAUCACCAGCGAGCGACGACGCAGACGACGACGACGACGAUCACAACGGCGACAGCAACUACGAUGACGACGACGAUAACGAUCACAGCGACGGCGACGACGGCGACGAUGACGGAAGUAAUAACGAGGACGACGACGGCAACGAUGAGGCGACAGAUAACGAGGACGACGACGACGGCAGCAAAUACGAUGACGACCACGACAAUAAAGACGACGACCACAACGACGACGACGGCAACAACGACGAUGAUGGCAACAACGACGACGACGGCAACAACGAUGACGACGGCAACAACGACGAUGACGGCAACGAUGAGGCGACAGAUAACGAGGACGACGACGACGGCAGCAAAUACGAUGACGACGACGACAAUAAAGACGACGACGGCAACAACGACGAUGAUGGCAACGAUGAGGCGACAGAUAACGAGGACGACGACGACGACAAUGAAGACGACGACCACAACGAUGACGACGGUGCCGCCUGCCUUCACAGACUCUUCAUUUGA